AUGGCUUUACCAAAACCUACCCACCAAUUCAAGAUACCAUCAGUAUACGAUGGUGUCCUACUUCAGUGUAGGAUAUAUCACCCAAAUUAUGCCCAGGGCACGGAUCAAAACCCCGUAUACAAAAGAAAGGGUGCAAUGAUAGCCCAUCCAUAUGCUCCUCUUGGAGGCUGCUACGAUGAUCCCGUUAUAGCAGUUGUCGCUAGUGAGCUAUUGCGAGCGGGAUAUGUUGUAGGCACGUUCAAUCUUAGGGGUGCUGGUGGCUCACAAGGGCGAACAAGCUGGACAGCCAAACCUGAACUUGGCGAUUUUAUCUCGUUUUAUCUCUUCCUGGUACACUAUAUCGUAGGCUUGGAUCCAUUCUUGGGGCACGAUUCUACCAUUGCUGAAAAUGAUGCCUCCUUGAUGGAAGACAGCCCCAGCCCUUCAAUCAUAGUAUCCGGGUACUCAUAUGGCUCUAUGUUAGCACGGUAUUCACCGUCCUCAAGAGUUAUCCUAUCGACCUUUCAGGAGCCGAAACAGAACGAACCUGCUUACAAAGUCUUACAAGAAGCACGGAGCUUGUCCUCGAAACAGAACCGGGAGGCCCGCGUGCAUAGUUGUUCCAAUGAAUCCAGUUCAUCGGGCUCCGGUACAACAAUUACCAAAAUAAAGGAGAUUAACGUCUCUUACCUUCUUAUUUCUCCUCUUCUGCCUCCAAUCACCCUAUUCACGGCUACAUCUCUUCUUCUACCAGCCUCUAAACUAACAGUAACGAUAAAUGGAAACACUCUCCCUCCCUCAGACCUGCAGGAUAAAGUCUUAGAACACCAAACUCUAGCAAUAUUUGGAGAAAAUGAUGGCUUUACAUCUUCUAAGAAGCUUAUGGGCUGGAGUGACCAACUGAAAAAGCUUGAAGACUCCCGGUUUGAUAGCGUCAUGGUCAAAGGAGCUGGCCAUUUCUGGCACGAGCAUGAGGCUGAACCUCGGAUGAGAAGGGCAAUUCAGGAGUGGAUUGCGCGAGAGGCUAGCUAUCAGAGUAUAUAA